AUGGCGACUGAGACGAUAACCUUGACGGAGAGGCAUAGGAAGCUAAAGGAUGCAAACCUACCUCCAGAGAACGAGCGGUAUUUGAGAGCUUGCUCUGACAUUGCGAGCGCCCUCGUCCAAGAACAUGAAGCUCUACAAGAUCCUACGAAGCCCAAAAAGGAUAUUAAUCUGAACAGUCUGCGGGCCAGGAUGUCAAAGAAACAUAAACUGAGUAAUAUACCUCCUCUAACGGCUAUUAUUGCUGCAAUACCAGAGCAUUACAAGAAGUACAUUUUGCCAAAGCUCAUAGCAAAGCCUAUCAGAAGCGCAUCAGGUAUCGCUGUGGUCGCAGUCAUGUGCAAGCCUCACAGAUGUCCUCAUAUUGCCUAUACCGGCAACAUCUGUGUCUACUGUCCUGGCGGUCCAGAUUCCGACUUCGAAUACUCUACCCAAUCCUACACUGGCUACGAGCCCACAUCGAUGCGAGCUAUUCGAGCACGAUAUGACCCUUUUGAGCAGGCAAGAGGACGGGUGGAUCAAAUCAAGUCUCUGGGUCACAGUGUGGACAAGGUUGAAUACAUUAUCAUGGGAGGAACAUUCAUGUCUCUUCCGGAGAGUUAUCGAGACGGAUUCAUUUCGCAACUGCAUAAUGCGCUUAGUGGGUAUCAAGGAAACAAUGUGGAUGAAGCUGUCCAGGCGGGAGAGAUGAGCAACAUCAAAUGUGUAGGGAUAACGAUUGAGACUCGCCCGGAUUAUUGCCUGCAACCACAUUUAUCUGCCAUGUUGCGUUAUGGUUGUACUCGAUUAGAAAUUGGUGUGCAAUCUCUGUACGAGGAUGUCGCUCGAGAUACCAAUAGAGGACACACAGUUGCUGCUGUGGCAGAAACGUUCUGUCUCGCAAAGGAUGCGGGAUUCAAGGUUGUCAGCCAUAUGAUGCCGGAUUUGCCAAAUGUUGGAAUGGAGAGGGAUCUGGACCAGUUCCGAGAGUAUUUUGAAAACCCGGCAUUUCGAACAGAUGGGCUAAAGAUUUAUCCGACGCUUGUCAUUCGCGGCACUGGAUUGUACGAGUUAUGGCGCACUGGACGAUACAAGAACUACACUCCGAAUGCGCUCAUCGAUAUCGUUGCUCGCAUUCUAGCACUUGUCCCUCCUUGGACUCGAAUUUAUCGGGUUCAAAGAGAUAUUCCCAUGCCCCUUGUUACUUCUGGGGUUGAGAAUGGUAACUUGCGGGAAUUGGCCCUGAGCAGAAUGAAGGAUUUUGGUACAACUUGUCGAGAUGUACGGACCCGAGAGGUUGGUAUCAACGAGGUUAAGAACAAAAUUCGACCAUCUCAAGUUGAACUUGUUCGUCGAGAUUAUACCGCAAAUGGUGGCUGGGAGACUUUCUUGGCAUACGAAGACCCAAAGCAGGAUAUCCUCAUCGGUCUCCUUCGACUACGAAAAUGCUCUUCAACUUACACCUUCAGACCUGAGCUUGUUGGACAGCCCACGAGCCUGGUGCGCGAACUCCAUGUAUAUGGAUCUGCAGUACCAGUUCACGCUCGUGACCCAAGAAAGUUCCAGCAUCAAGGGUAUGGUACGUUGUUGAUGGAGGAGGCUGAGCGGAUUGCGAGGAACGAACAUGGCAGUACCAAGAUCAGUGUGAUUUCUGGUGUUGGAACCAGGGACUAUUACCGGAAAUUGGGUUAUUGGCUAGAUGGGCCAUAUAUGAGCAAGCAUUUGAAACCGAGGGAUGACGAGGACAGUGAUGAUGACUUCUGA